AUGGCUGACCACGACAUCAUCCACUCCUUCAAAUCUACCAUCGCGUCGAAUCUACAAGGCUCUUAUGCUCAAGUACAUGUACUACUUAUAGCCUGGGAGACACAUGACCUUGGCGACGUUGACGGCGAGAUACGAGAUCUGCGCGCGAUAUUCGAGCAAGACUACCGCUACAGUAGCGUUGUCUUCUUCCAGAUCCCAAUCAGAGGUCCAUCUCGUGCGAGGCUUAACAGAGAAAUCUCAUCCUUUGUUGAAGAGCAGUCCUUCCCGCAAGAGUCCCUCAUAAUCAUUUACUACGCUGGCCAUUGUAGUCCCAAUGCGCAGGGACAAGCUGAGUGGGCGGCCUUUGAGCGGGGUGGACCAACAGUAUCUUGGCAUGUGACCCAACAAUUGCUUUUCUCGGCUCCUGGCGAUGUACUUCUAAUUCUCGACUGCUGCCAUGCCUCUCUUAUCUCGCGUGGCUCUAAAGAUGGAGACGGCCGGUUUGAAUUGAUCGCCGCCUCGGCUAAGGGGGCUAAGACGCCUAUUCCCGGACGUAGGUCCUUUACGAGAGCCUUGAUUAGGCUGCUGAGGGAGAAUUCCAGUACUGGAAUCUCAUCAGAGAGCCUGGUUUCAGAAUUGAGAGAAGAUCCGAAAGUUACAGGUAAGACUAGGAAUCUGUUGAUGGGCUCACAAGCAAGUAUUUACAUCCAAGUAGAAACCCCGGUAUUUCAUGAUUUUGUGAGGAAAUCACCAACCAAAAUCUUUCUCCAGCCUCUCCAGCCGACAGCUGCGACAGAAGGUUUUAUUAAAAAGCCAUCUGGCUACCUCGUUUUCCGAGCAUCACUCUCGGAUGACGUGACGGGCCUGCAAAUUGCAACAUGGCUCAAGACAGCCCCUCCCAAAAACGUCACGGCGGUCAGUAUCGAAGCAAUAGUCAGUCGCGCGCGUCAUAUACAGGAUGCUCUCAAAGAUGGAGCUUUUCCCCAGGGUUCUAUUUUCGAGCAAUUGUCUAAGCCUGCUAGAGACGAGAUCCUCAAAGGAAUCCGUAGGCUGAACACGAUCAUGGCCACCACCGCGGAAUAUGCAAAAGACGACACGAUAAGGAACGAAGGCCAAGUCAUUCAACAGUCAUUGGUUGAUAUUCAUGAUAGAGUUUCAACAUUGAGCACUGCUAUUGAGACACCCUUACUACUAGACACUGGUAGUAGCAGAAGUCCGGGAUCGACACAAGAGACCCCAGGAGUUGGACUCAUGGCUGCUGUGGACGUGGAUGCUACUCUUCAUUUACGCGAUGCCAUCAUGAGCCAAGACCCGUCUUCCUAUAUUCGUGAGAUAAGCCGCGACAAGAUCUUUGAAUCUCUUAAAAGAAGCAGCUCUACGGACAUGCUAUCCAGCCGUUUCAAACUGGGGAGCGUAGACGGCCGAUUUGUUAUCAUGGAGACCUUCAAGUACAGGGAAUCCGAAGACAACAGCGGUGAACCGCAGCCUCAAACCCUAACCCAAGUCCGCAGGAUUACGGGCUUGCUAUGCCACCCAAAGCGGAAAGGCUUUCAAAUCCUACCAUGCGCGGGUUUCUUCCGUGACAGGCUCCGUAAAGAGCUGGGCAUAGUAUUCUGGUCCCCACCCCUGUUUGGGGCCGGAAGCAAAGUCGCGACUCUCCUCCAGUUGUACAAGAUGCAUCGACUUGUUCCUCUUGGUCAACGGAUCCAUCUCGCUUGGGCCGUAGCUACAGCCGUUGAGAACUUCCAUCGCGUCGGCUGGGUACAUAAGGGAAUCCGAAGCGACAAUAUUGCUUUCACAGAAGUAGUCCCGAGCCCGGAAUCCGAUCUGAAUGAAGACGAUGCAGAUUCGCCAGUUACCUACCGGUUCGACUUUAGCAAGCCCCUGCUCUUUGGGUUCGAGUACUCUCGUGCCGACGACGAUGCAACAUACCUGGAAGAAGAUUACUCGCUCAACAAUAACCUCUAUCGACACCCUGAUCGAUGGGGCCGCCCAAGAACACGAUUCGAGAAGGGCCAUGAUGUGUACUCGCUUGGCGUGGUGCUGUUGGAAAUCGCCCAGUGGAAAGAAGCUAGCUCUAUCCUCAAGUCCCUGUUAGAUACUAAGCCCCUGGUUCCUUCGGAUGUUGCCAAAGCUCUGAUUGGAAAAUGCGGUAAGUCUCUUUCGCAUCAGGUUGGCCGUGUCUUUGCACAAUGUAUCGUUACUUGCUUGGACUUUCCUAUGCGAACCAAAUCCAUGAGCGAGUACGAGAUGCAGAGAUACUUCCAACAAAAUGUUACAGAGCUAAUAGGAAGGGCCGUAUCGAGAGUUUAG